UUCACCCCUGCGGGGUGACAGGUCCAGAGCGGGAUGCUAAGCUGCAGGGGAAAGCCAGUUUACAGAACACCGUGUUUGAUGAGAGGGAGGAAGCGUGGUGGAAACCGCAAAGGGUCAGUCGCCUCAAGUCGGGAAUCCAUCAUUCCACACACCUACUCGGUGCCUAUGGUCCUGACGUUGUGUUUCAUACCAAGGACAGAAAUGUUCCGUUCUCAGAUUUCCUGCGAAGAAUCGCUGGUUUUGAUAACUGCGCUAUAAUGAAGGAGUGCCAGAAGGAAUGAUGAGCUGUUCAGAAAACCCACCGAGCCCCUCAACUCCAGUGUCAGCAAGGAUUUUAACAGGAGAGUCCAUUACUACAUGCCUUUCUCCUUUAGUGCAUGACUUGAUUUGUAACCUUGGUUUUGAACUCAGAGAAAACUGUGAUAUCAAUAGCAUUGUAACUCAAAAUGGUGAAGUAUGCUGGAAAGCGAUUACAGACCGUGUGAGCUAUGCAGAAUCAGGGCCAAGUCUGGAUUACAGGAGAAGCGUGCGGCUGUUGGGUCCUGUCUGUGAGGCCAUCCAUCUGCAUAUUUCAUCUCUGACCAGGGCACAGUUUGAAAUUAAGUAUUCACCAUGGUUCCAGUGGACAGCCUAUCCAGAGCUGUUUCUGGAAAUAUUUGAUGCCUUGAAAAGCCUGUAUCCUCCUGCCAUCUCCCUCAGCGUGAUGAAAUUGGCUUCCUGUCUGGAACGAGCCUUAGGCGAUGUAUUUUUACUGAUUGGGAAGGAGUGCCCCUUUCUUCUAAGAGAUCUUCUUGCAUCUGCAGAGCUUGCACAAGUCUUUGGACAUGCUGUGAUGGACGUACUGAAAGUCUUCAUUGGGUCUCCCUGUGGACUCAACCUGAGAAACAUCUUGUGGCAUGGCUUUGCUUCCCCUCAAGACAUUCCUCCAAAGUACUGUUCAGCUAUGCUGUUGUGGACAGCAGGACUGGGUCAGUUACUGAAGAGCUACCUUCACCAAGCAAAAGUCACACUGGCACAUCGACCUUUUGUAACUCUUACAAACCUAGAGGAUGUGAUCGUUUUCCCUGGUGUUACUGAUGAGGUACUCUCAGCAUUAGAGAACGUGAUGAUGAAAUCUGCCUUCUCAUUAAAAACCAUGUUACCAUACUGGGAAAUGGCAGUGAGCAAGUUCAAGGUGCACAGGUUUGCUGACUGCACCAUGCUGUUGCUGUCACAGCUAGAAGCUGGACUCAGGAGAGUGUUUGCUGCAGUUAACAAAUGUCCUGAUAGACUCCUCACGGCCGAGUCAACAAUUCUAUAUACCACGUUUGAUGAAAUACUGGCAAAACACUUGAAUGAUGGUAGUAUCAACCAGCUUCCCCAUUUCCUCGGAGAGUCUGCCAUGGAAUUCUUGUGGGAUUUCCUGAACUAUCAGGAGGGUCCUCGUAUCCGGGAUCGUUUAAGCCAUGGGGAGAUCAACUUACGUGAAUUUCCAAGAGAAGCAGCAAGCCAGCUGCUCACAUUCUCCCUGGUGCUUCUGCUCAGAUUCACUGAGGAAGACACAUUGUCAGAGCUGAAGGAGGAAGCAGCAAUACAGUUGCUGGUCAGUCUUGCAGAAGGCUACAGAUCUCGCUGCCACCCAGCCUUCCAGCUUCAAAAACAGGUGCUGAACUGUGAGAAAAGCCUCGGGAUGUGGCCUGUGCUGCCUGUGCCGGAAGAGCCUGGUCAGGAAGCAGCCAGAUUGGAAGGUAAUUCUGAAGCAUAUGCCUGCAACUCUUUAAUUAGCAAGAUUUUGUGUGAGCUCUGCCACCAUAUUCCCGGGAGUACCUGUGUUGUAAAUGGCUUGGAUGGUCUUCCCCCAGAGAAGUGGCCCCAGCUGCUCAAGGAACUCUGCAGCACACGCAUUCCUACCCUGUUCUGCCCCAGACUCGUUCUAGAAGUUCUGGUUGUGCUCCGAGGCAUCAGCUCCCAGUGCCAGCGUGUAGCUGACCAGGUCAUUGCCUCCUUGCAACUGAGACACAGGCAGUGGGUGGAGCGCACGCUGCGCUCCAGGCAGCGUCAGAACUAUCUGCGCAUGCUCAACAGUGUUAGACUUCUGUCUCCUGUACUUUACCUGAUUUUGUUGCUCCUUGCACUGGAAUUGGUCAGUGUUCAUACUGUCCACAGUAAAAGUGCUCAGGACCGUCAGCAGUAUCUGAGGUUCUUAAAAUUGAUCCUACAAUACACUGAGAACCUAGUGGCCUAUACUAACCAAGAGAAGAACAAAUGGAAUGAAGCUAUCACUCUUUCACAUGCAGCUUUGCUGAGAAUUUGGACUUUCAGUGAGAAGAAACAAAUGUUAAUGCAGUUAGCCAAACAAUCCACAAAUCAAGUUGAUACAAGUUGACAAAGAAAACACAAGUCAGGCUACUCUUGGUUGUGAGAGAAAACUCAAAUAGAUUCAACAGCAAGUAAGUUGGGUAGCAUCCAAAGGUGAGAUGGAUUCUAAUCAUGUACCAGGGAUGCUGGUGGUUCUAGGGGAUAACAGAGUCAUUCCAUGGGAUGAACAAAUAAUUAAACAUUUGGGAAAGACAGAAGACCAAGACAUGGAGAGAGGGAAAACAAGAGCUUUAUUGAAGGAAGAGAUAUGAGGGGACUCAGAGCUUGGAGUCUGCUAAGCAGACUCUCCUGCAGUGGGUAUUUUAAUAGGGCCCCCAGGUACUCCCCUUUCCCUUAUUGGUUCUUUUAAGAGUCUGGCCUCUGCCUGCUCUUCUCACAGUGUCUUCUGGGAACAAGAACAAGCUGCUUUUGCUUUCUCUGUCUACCUCUGCCCCUUUAAUUCUGCCUCCAGGCUCAAGCUGCACUUCUAAAGCUUCCUGAUUUGGUUUCAUUGUGACCCCUAGGCUAGUCUUGAUACCUGCAGCAGGUUUGAGUUUUCCUGUCCUCGUGGUGACAUUGGAGGAUGUGGUCACUGCUUUGCCCCUAGUUGUUGCCCAGAAACGCAUGGCUUCACAUGUCUUGUUAGUCACAUGUUCAUUCUUAGAAGCUAUCCUUGUAGCUAGGGUCUAGCCAUACAAACUGUGGGGGUGUGACAGAUAGGCUCAGUUUGAUGUGUGGGCGAGUUACAGUUAUCCCUGGAGGCCGGAUUGUGUUCAUCCUGCAUUUCAUGGGUAAGUAAUAAGCAGUAGCAGCUUGUGAAGGUGGAGGCCACAAAGCUGGGUGAUGAACCACAGGUCUCCAGUGAGCAUUUGUCAGAGGACACAUUUCUAGAUGAGAAGGCUGAGUGUAGGAGGCUCUGUUAGAGGGGAAGAGGACAUUGAAUCCUAAGAGUUCCCGGAAAAGCUACUUGGUUAUUUGGGGAUCUGGGAAGACAGUCUUUCACCUCAGUUGGUGGUGGCAAAAUCUGGGGAGACUGCAUUGCUUGCAUGUAUAAUAAUACACUUAGCCAUACCAACCUCAGUGGGUCAUGGCUUCUCAUAGCCACCUUCCAGACCUUGGCUGCAAAUAUCUGCAGCUAGCCAAGGAAGAAUUUUCUGUGACGCUUUAACUGAGCUAUAGAGGAGACUUUGGGGGUACUUUGUGGCAGCUGCACAUUCUGCUUGUUCUUUUGUAAUUUUAACCCCUGCACACACAAGUCAACUUCUGGAUGAAAGAGUAAAUAUACCAAGUUGCUGUUCAUCAGUUGGGAUUUGAUCGUUCCCUUGGAACAAUGCCUACAUGGUGCCAUAUCUUCAGUGAGUCACAUAAAAGACACAUGAUCUACGGACAGGAAGAUGUAUUCUGCAUCUCUUCAGGGGCAUCUUGUUUUCAUGCAUAAUGACUUGUCCUUUUGUGUCUCAUCAGGGGCACAUGAUCUUGUGUUUUUCAUUGCAUCACUUCAAGGAAAUGGAAUCCAUAUACAUGAAGAUGUGUCCUGCAUCACAUCGGAGACACGUAAUUCAUGUACAUGCCUUUCCUUGGCCCAUUACUUCAAGGAUACUUCUACCUUUUUAUGUGUCAUCAUUUCUUGCAUAGCAGCAAGAGGUGUUUUGUUUGUUCUAUUACUGUGGUUUGGAAGUUGAUAGCCAUUCCAAAAGGGCCAGGCCAGAAUUCUUUACUGCAUGGUAUCUCUGCCUUUUGAAAUUAACUAAAAAGUGAUUUGAUACCCAAACCUUACAAAUAUCUUUUUUUCCAUGGACCCUCUCCAGACUUUAGCAAAUACUGCUGUUUUUGCUUCUCGACCCACUUUGUUAAUUAAAUGAUGGGUUUUUUUUUUUUUUAAUUUUUACCAUGAGCUCCAUGUUGGUUUUCAUUUUCCUAAAGAAAGAUAUCACUUAGGUGUGGUGAUACAUUCCUGUAAUUCCAGUACUUGGGAGCCAGAGGCAUGAGGAUCACAAGAUUGACCAGCCUGGUCUUUGUAAGGAGAUCCCCCAUCUUAAAAACAAGAUAAAAUAAAAGUGUGUGUGUGUGUGUGUGUGUGUGUGUGUGUGUGUGUGUGUGUGUGUGUGUGUACGUGUGUACUUUCUGUCAAAAUUGCCAACUAAGUAUUUCUACACGAGAGUGAGGCCAGGUGAUAGCAGUUUAGAGACUUGCUUUCUCCUACAUGUUAUCAGAAGCAGCAGCAAUUGGAUGAUACAUGUACAAAUUCAAGUAUAUGAACAAAUGUUGGUUGAAGGUGCUACCUAUCUGACCCAAGCCAAUUGCCAAGAGUACCACAAAGAAGUCCCACCCUGCCCUGCCUAUGCAGGGCUGCUGAGGGCUGACCAGCUCUAAAAAGAAAAUAACAAACAAGACCAAUAGGAGAAACACAUACAGUUUUAGGUUCUAGAAGAUAAUUAUGGGAGUAAAAUGAUUGUUUUUCAGCAUAUAGUCCUGGGCACUGCCCCUCAUAACUUCAGCAGGACAAGCCUGUCUAGGUAGACACCACUCCAGAUCCUUUCUCUAGGUUGAUCAGAAGCCAGAAGCAGCACUGGAAGAGAUGAGCUGUAAGUUUUAGGUUGGGGUUCUGAGAGCAAAAAGAACCAGAACUGGGGGCCAUGCUAUGGAGACUGGUGGGAAAUGUUAGGAAAAGAUCCCAUGGAGGUGUGCUGAGUCAAGAGCAGACUCUGCCCUGCCUAAGGCCUGGCUAGAUCCUGGGUCAAGUGACUCCUCAACUUUCCUGUGGGUGUAUCUCUGUCAGUGACCUCUAGAAGACACCAGUCAUUUGAGAAACCACCCUAGAAAGGAAAGCAGAAGCACAGAAGUCAGCAGAGGAGAGGCUGGCAGUGCAGACCCCGGGCUGGAGAAGUGGGUGUGCUCAGAUCAAGAUCCUGGCUCUAUUUUACCAGGCUCAUGAGUGAGCUCCUUAACUUCUGUGUCUUCAUCUGAGCAGUGUACUCAUUGCCAUUGUGUACAUCAUUUGACUGACACCAGGAAAAGGGAAGCAAUGCUGGAGAUGCUUUGCUCUGUCCUGGCAAUAUCGACAGAUACUGUCUUAUGUUGUUCCUCAAGGAUGAUGAUGGGAAGUGAUUUGGAUUCUGUCACAUUAGGCUGUGUGUGUGUGAUAUGUGUGUUGGUAUGUGGGGUGUGGUAGGUGUGUUUGUCUUUACAGUAUGAGUCUGAAAUUCCACCUAUCCACAGCCUUACAUAAAUGAAUGGAUGGGAAAACAGUAACCAAUUUCAGGUCCUCACCUGAAGUCCCAGCUGAAAGUAACUUGGUUCUACAAGAAGUGUCCUUUACCUGUGGCUCUGAACCCUGGCAUGGGUAUGCAUGCGUCCAACAGGAUUGUCAAUGGAAGCAUGCAAUCCCACUGCAGGCUGUGUUUCCAACUAGGAUGCUGGGGGGCGCGCUCAUUCCAGCUUUGCUUUUUGAAGGAUCUGGGGAAGAACCCAUCCUAAGGAGAAGCACCCUUAGAGCACAGUGGCGCUGGAUUCCAUUACAGAACCUCCGAGGUCCAGUUCUUGAUUGUGUUUUCCCUAAUCAGACACAGGGUGGCACUCUUCAUUAAGUAAUUUGGCAGCUGUGAGGGAAGAUGUCUUCUGUGAACUCUUGUGACUCCAGGAAAAUGAAUUCUUUGCUUUUCCUCUGGCUGCAGUGAGGUCGAUCUAAGGUGACAGGAGGGGGAAGUGACGGCUGCCCCCGGGCCACUGGGACUGUGGAGCAUUACGCACACCUGAAGGCUCGACCUUCUACUCAUUUAAUUCUGUAUUGAUGGAAGAUAUGAACAUCAGUAUAAAACCUUUUCCAUCUCCAUGUGGGAAGAUUGGGGUUGUAUUGUGUGAAUUAAUCCCUGGGGGAAGACAUCAUUGUGGCCAGUGGUGGUGACAGGAGAAUGAGGGAGGUACCAAGGUCACCAUUAACCAACCACCAAUCACCAUCCUGCUGUUGGGGGAGGGGAACCCUUUGUCUAAGGGAACUGGAUUGAGCUUUGCAGAGAAGGGGGGGGGGCUCAGACUUGCAGUGGGAACUGGCUUCUAACCACUCACCCUCCCCAGCUGCAGCCUGGAUUCACACCUUGACAUCACAGUCAAUCUGCCGACUCUGCAGCCCAGGCGUGGGGCCCGUUUGGGAUCGGCUUUAGGAGCUGACAAAGGAAAUUCUUUACAGUGGGCAAAAGGGAGUGUCUGUGGUUUGGGUUAUAGCCCUACUAAGUAAUUUUAAUGAAACCAAGUCAUGGUGCUACCCAGGAGCCUGGGCUUUAGAGGGCCAGGAACCAGUUUUCCUUUGGGCUGUUGUCUGGAUUGUAGAGUGUCCGUGUGAAUUAAUUGGGCCUGUGUAAGAUAACAUCUUAAGUUCUCCAAAUAAGACCCUGGAUAGAUACAGGAAGUCCCCUUGACAUAUCAAUUAAUUAAUUGAAAAUGAAAUAUGCUAAGUUCAAAAAAGCCAGUCAUAAAACUAAGUCCUGUGCUGGCAGUUAUAGUUAAUGGAGCCUAUAAGCAUAGACUUGCCAUUAUAAAUAUUAAAUACCACCUUUACAGAAAGCUUACGUAUUUUCAAAGCGCUUUGCACUCCUUAAUUGCUCAGGACUUUGAAUACCCCCAAGACAAUGUGAUUAACUCCAUUUAAGAGGAUGAAAACGUAGCGCGGAAAACCUGGAACUCACUGUCCUGUGAGGAAGACAUGGGGAGUGGUAGUGUCCUCUUUGGCUGGCAGACUUCAUCUUUGUGGAGAUCUGUAGGGCCCUGCAGCGCUCCCUCCCCUCCUCUUAGUGAUCACUCUGGCUGGUUCACUGACAGUCCCUCUGAAUCCCAGAAGUGACAUUUGUAAUCUCAAAAUCAACCUUCCCAGCAGCUUGGCGGGGAGGCAGAAUCAGCCCAUCUCCUAGAAGCAAAAUACAGGGUCAGCAAGAAAGUGGCGUGGUCCUCAGGCUCAGCGUGCCGGGCUGCUGUGCUAAAGCCAGUCUUUAGGCUAUGGGGUCCAAGAGGCCCCAGUCAGAGCCGAGGGUGGGGCCUGCAGCAGACAGGGGGCAGUGGUGCAGAAGCCUCCUGAUCAGUUUCAGUUUCAGUUAGGAAGCCUGUGCUCAUGUCUCAGCAUUGUAAAAUUCUCAUAGUACUUGUGGGUUGUAACUGAAUUUCUGUAGAGAUGAGCCUCUUCCCCAAGAUGUUGCCUCUCACUUCCCACUUAAAACGUUAUUUUACACAGUUGCUUGCUAACUCUUUCUCCGGGGCCUCUAUGUUAAUUGCCGGUCUUCCUGGUCAGAAUCCUGAUUAUCCAUCUGGACCUGGGCGAUCUAUACUUCUGGCUUGUUUGUUUGUUGUUUUAGGUUCUGUUGUUGUUUUUCUCUAUUACCUGUGAAUGGUAGAAAAGCUAAUGGUAACUCUUCUUCAGUUGGACCCAUCCUGUCCAUGUCCAGGAUGAGGUGUGGACCUAAGUUAAUGGCUAAGGGGUCUAGUGAAUCAAUGAAAACGUUGCUUUAUAUUUAUAUAUUGAUCUUCAGCUGCUGUAGGCUGUGUCCAUCUGGAGGUGGGAACAGGAGGUGUGAAGCCACACCUUAGGGGUCCUCCAUGAGGUGUGAUACUCACAGGCUGACAAAUGGUGGGAAUAUUGCUUUCCUGAAGUGCUGGUCAUGUCCAGAUGGUGCUAAAUAUCCGCUGCUGCACCCCACAUCCCUCCACCCGGCUCUUCUACCCCACCCCUUUAAGUCCUGUGCCUGAGGCCCCCAGUGUUUUCCAUGUGAAAUAUCUCUAAGACUCAGGACCUGACAUUUCAAGACCAUUCAGAAAUCAGUUCUUAUUAUGUCUCUUAUAUUCCACACGUCACUCUGAAAUAGCUAAUCCACCCCAGUCCUUUGCCAUCACACCCAACUUCAUGUUUUUUGUUUGUUUGUUUUGGCAAAGGACCCCCAGGUUUGAAAUAGUUGCCAGGAAGAGCAGGGCUCAUGGCUACCUACCCACAGGCCCGGGGCCGUCCUCCCAUGCCCGGACUAUGCAGGCUAGACUUGCUGAGUCUGCAGCUACAGUGUCUGUGCUUUUAUCUCUGCCUCCACUGCUUCCGCUACUCCGUUUUGGAACAUGCGGGAUAAUAUGCUCUGGUCCCUUAAGGACGUAGAGGAAGGAACCAUUUCCAUAUCCAUUUGACUCAAGUUACCAUAGUCAGCUGCUGGCUGAGCAAACUGACCUCAGAUGAGUCACCAUCUAGCUCACAGAAGGUCACAGUUCAGUCAAACUCGGUAAGUCCAGUUGAGAAAUUGAGGUCUGUGCUCAAGAUGCCAGUAGAAGCAAAGGAGGGCAGGAUGCUUGGUCCCAGCAACUCCCAGGCACAGGUUUCAACUCCAUUCAGUCGACCACAGUGAGACCAUGAGGCCCAAGCAAGGAUAGGUGGCCAAGAGACAAGGCAAGAGCUGGCAGGGAGCUGGCAAGAGUGAGUAGGGUACAGGACCUAUUAAACGGGACCCUGGAGGGUUGCUAGGCUUCCAAAUCCAGGGUGCUUCCAGCCCAGAGGAGGGUGAAGUCUGACCCCAGAGUGAAGCUGUAAGGGCAAUCAGCUACAGGUCACAGGGGCCACAGGAGGGACACGGGCAGCAGCAGUGUUGCUGUGACAGGGUGGCAGGAACAGGGUUACCUGUGAGUCACCACUGUGACCUACUCAUACCACUUCCCUCCGCAUGUUACUGACUGACAUGUUAUCAGCCUUGGUCCUCACUGCCACUGGAGAGGUGAAGGACAGAGGAACAGGUGGUGGAAUCAGUCUGUGGUCAACAGGGUAAGGACAUGGGUCAUACCAAGGGACAUUAUCAGAUCACCAGUCAGCACAGAAACCCCAUCUUCCACCAGGCAUUAUUGCAAGUUUCCAUAAUCCACAGGGUUUGAUUUGUCAGCACUCAUCUUUUCCUGUCUGGCUCCUAGCUGGUUCCAGGAAAUCUCUGGGCAGGUUGCAAAUGUCUGGGUUGAAACAGCUCUUCCAGGGGGAGGAUGCAACAGAGACCGAAGGGGUGGGGGUGGGGUGGGGAGGAGACACGGGACACACGACACAACACACACAGAUAUCUGCUUUGCCAUCCUGCAAAAAGCUGCAGAUUCCACCUGCCCUGACUAGGCUUGCUUCCAGAGCAGGCAGGCUGAGCUCAGCCACAGCAUUUCCACACGCCUGACACUCUGCAAACCAUGGAAUGUUGCCUGGCUGGGUGUGCUAAGUGCAGGCGGCAUCCGGAAGCAACCUCCGACUUCCUGGUGUCUUGGGGACUGUUGGUAAGGAAGCCAGCUUGAGGAGUUGCUGCAGGAAGCUGCUCAAGCCAGGGAUCCUAGCAAUUGCUUAGGAAGUGACUUUCAUCAUCAUGAGGGGCAAGGUAGAGACAGUAAAGGAGGAAGUGGAAAAUCACUCCAUAGCAUUUGAAGGUCACUCCUACAAAUACUACAUAAAAUUGAGGUUAUUGUUCAUAGCACCAAAAUGAUUGGUCUGUGAAGUCAAAGGGAGUUGAGUUUGUCCAUCUGGAAAAUAAUACUUAUUAUUUGAGGCUUCAAGUUUCACAGAAAGUGUUCUAAGUUUAAAAAGAUCAUUUUAUACUCCAAAAUUGCAAUUUAAAUCUACCAUGUUGAAUGGAAGUAUAAUUCACAUAGAUCAGAAAUAAAAAACACCAGACCAUGUAAUAGACAGUUUGCUUUCCAUUCAUACCCUCCACAGCCCUCGAGGUUAGAAAUUAUUUCUUACUGAUUUCUAGGACCUUUAUAUAAUAAAGAUGUGAAUUGUGAUUAAUUUUUCAAUGCACAUGUAAGCAGAUUAUUUCUACUCAUAUUUACCUAUUUCUUACACAAAUGGUAGCACAUUGUACAAAUACCGCACCACAAUGUUUUGAUGAACAGUGUAUAUUGGAGAGUCUCCCAUAUUAGUACACAAAGAGCAUCUCAAUUUUUUUUAACAGCUGCAUAAAAUUUGGGAGCUUUGUUUUGUUUUUGUUUUCACUUUGAGACAGCGUCUCACUCUGUAGCUCUGGAUGACCUGGGACUCCCUAUGUAGACCAGGCUGGUGUGAACUCACAGAGAUCCACCUGCCUCUGCCUCCAGAGUGCUGUGAUUAAAGGCAUCAUAGUGCCCUGAAGCUGCAUAGAACUUUAACAUUACACUAUGAAUGUUUGCAUAUUAAUGGACACCAAGUUAUUUCAUUAUUUUUUGUUACAAUAAACCAAGUUAAGUAUUGUGUCCAUGUUGUGAUGUGCCAGUCUUGACAGUCAUCCUAGACGUGAUAAUGCUGGGUCAAACGGUACAUGCCUUUGUCAUUUAAACUAUUUUAACUUCAGAAUUGACAGAGCCUCAGCCACGCCUCUCUGGGCUCUUUGUUUCGGGAUUCUUUACUAGUUUGGAGUAAGUUUCCCAGUUCUUUCCCAGCAGUCAAAGCAUAUGGACAAACAUAAAGAUCAUAAGCCCCUCAACUCACUUUUGUCAGGUGCACUAAUCUAUAAAACAUGCCAGGGAGAAUGGCAUCUUUCAAUGUCCAGUCCACUUGUCCAAAGCUGUCAUUGUUCUUAUUCUGACUUAAACAUUCAUAUAUGAAAAAUUUAGGGUAUUUAAACACAUUUUCAUACAGGACUUCACUUUCUUGUUAAACUUGUUACUAGAAACUCUGUCCAUCCUUUAUAGCUAACUAUGUGAGAGAAUUCCUUCUUUACAUCUUCAAAGCUGUUGUUUCUGUAUGUUCAUUUUAUACUCUGUGUCAAUUAAUAGAUUUUUCUAAUUUGUAGGUUUUUCACUUGAUUCUGUUUUGUAGGAGGUGGAGUGAGGCCAAGAUAGAUAUAAUUGCUAUCAUAUGAAUCCUAUGUAUUUUUUAUUGCUGAAUUUCACUGCUUUUUAAGAUUCUAUGAGUCUAAUACUAAUUUAAUUUUGACCUGUUAAAGAUAGAAUUACCUAUAGCCAACUUUUGAAAUCAUUUUUUUAAAGUUCUUGAAUUUGAUUUUGAUUUUAGCUAGUCUCGUUAUAUGUAUAAUUCAAACCCCAAUAAGAAUAUAUUAUUUUUCUUAAGCAUUUGGAACUCAAACAGCACCCUGAUUUCAUUUGAAAAAAAAUUUUAAGCAGCAGAAAACUUGAAGUAUGAUUUUGCUAUGAUUGCAAAGCUUACAUUCUUCCCUGAGUUUGAAAAGAGAAUGAAUGCUUGCUUUAAUGAUGGCAAUUAAUUUGCAUUAUGCUCAUGUUAAGUUCCCUCUUGAGCACAACAGGCAAGUAUGGACCAGUGAGUUGAGAAUGGUAAAUAAGUUAAUAGACAUGAAUCAGAUAAACAUCGUUGGUAUAUUUAAAUUAACAAAAGCACACACUUUCUAAACCCUUUCUUAAAUAACAAGUGGAAAAUGCACAGGAGGUCUGAUGCACAAAUAUGCUCCUGUGAGGUAGACCCCUGAUGCUGGUCUCCAUGGAAACCAUAGAGUGCAGGAGGAACAGUCCAAGGUGAUGCCACCAUAAGUCAUCCCUGUCCUGACAUAGCACCAUGUCCUGUCCUCAGUUCAUUUGCUCUGUGGAAUUGCAUUGUGAUUUGUGAUGCCUUCAAGACACAGAACAAGCUCUUAUCACUGAAAGGAAUCAUUUAGAUUUUCAUUAUGUAUUUGUCUCCUAGGGAGUAGUAGAGUAGAGGGGAACAGUCAUGAUAUUGUCAUAUAGAUCCUAACAUCACCUGCAACGUCUGGCUUAUGAUGCUUUUGUGUCUGUAUGUCAUAAAGGUGCCUCAACAGUCCAAAGA